UUUUAACCCUUUGAAGCUUAUUAUUCUUGAUGUUGAAUAUAUUUGUAAGUUGGGCUGAAGCUAAGUGUUAAAUACUUGUGUUUAAAGUGAUUUUCGUGUUACUUUCCUUUCCUUAAACAGCUAAUGACUAGACAUAACUUUAUUAAAUAUGAAGUAGCCUAUUCGUCUCUCGUGGGCCACAUGGGACACUGUUGACGUCGUUUUAAGCCUUUUACAUGUUCACCUCUCACAUUCAUUUCUCUAGACGUGUUUUUAACAGUCUGGUGGCUGACUGGUCGUGGUUUUGUCACGACAAUGAUAGGGUGAGGCUGGCUGUCGGUGUUUGGGGGGGGGGGGGGCAGUAACAUCCAUCGCCUGUGAGGUAGCUCUGUGUUUUAAUAUACUGUCACCAAGUUAACUCAUAAAGCACACUGCCUUUAGGUUUUUUUUAUAUCCCCUUCCACAAUAAAAACAGCUGUUUGUCCGUCAUUGGAGAACGAGGGUGUCAAGCGACCCGGGUCCGUGUGGCAAUUGGUUCAGAUUAAGUUUUCUUCAGAUCGGUUGAAGCCCAACCAGGAAGAGCACCACACACAUACACACAAAUAUACACACACACACACACAUCUCGCAGGCAGCGCCACCGACCGUCCUCUCUCCACUCCUCCCCAGCUCUCCCAGUUACGGAGCUCUACCAUCGCACCAGUCCGGCGGCUUCUCCUCCCCCCUUUCCUCCCCGCACAUUUUUGCUCGACGGUUCCCGGCUCGUGCAGGAGGAAGCGUGUCCGCGAGCCGUAAGUUACCGCCUCUCGUUAUUUUGUUGCUAUUUCGCCCUGAAUGUUUGAAGUUGUUCAGACUGGCCAGCCGUCCAAAAAGAGGAGCGCAGAACCCAUUUUUCGCUUCGUGCACCAGAAGCGACACACACACACACGCGCGCGCACACACACACACACACACACACACACACACACACACACACACACAUAGAAGGCUGCUGCUGCUGCUAUACGAGCCAGACUCUCCGAGGUCUCAACUGGAAGGACCGGGAUCUGAACAGCCACCGUGUCGGCAACACGGAAUCCGGCUGGAAAACGCGAACAGGAGGGGUGACUGCCCUUUAUUUUGCUUGGCCUCGUGGAGAAGCAUGUGAUGACUCACGCAAGGCAGAAGGGUUCCCUCAGGCAGAGUGACAGCAGUGCUGAGUGGUGGGACAACUGCCUUCCUUGGCCACAUGGUGGCACUAUGGGCGACGCUUGGUCUGAACGCUCACUGCGAUUUGGAAGGACGAAGAAGAUAAGUGAGAUCAUCAAACAAAAGAAGAAUCCAGACAAGAGGAUGAACGUCAAGAGAGGGAGACCUGAAAAAUCAGAUCAGAACAGAAAACUCAACCGGAAGAAUGACAAGAAACGGGACAGGAAGUUGUAUCCUUUGCGGGGGAGGGCUGGGGUUUCAGAUGGGGAGGGGCUCAGCUGCCAUGUUCUCCUUACCCGAUUGGAGGAAAGCAUUCGUGACAAGGAGAGUUCUGAAAAGAGGCAGCAUAAAGAAGGACGACGACAUUCAUCUCUCAAAUCUAAGCCUAAAAGGGGGAAAAAAGUUGUAAGAAAAGAGGAAAAGUUGUUACCAAAAACCAAAUCAAAAUCGAAUGGCCCAAGUUAUGACGAGUCUGUUCAGGUCCUCCAACCUCGAAAGCGCCGACUGGCCUCUCUAAAUGCCGAGGCAGUCAACAGUCUACUGCUUGAAAGAGCGACUGACCUACAGCCAGCCGCCAAACAGGCCAGACGACAUGAAGAGCCAUCAAAUGGAGUAAUAGCUCCGGAUGCAGAUCCAACAAGGACUGGUAUCUCUGGAAGUCUGAAGGCUUUGCAGGGAAACACUGGUAAAACCACCACGUCUCACAAACUUGUAAAGUGCCAAAGCUCUAAGAAGGUCAAGAAGGCUAAAGCCAAACAAGGAGAGAUUUGGGGGAUGAGUCAGGAAAGCCUAGAUGCCCCUGCACCCAGAAGAUUGGCGGGCCUGAAUGCUGCAGCACUUCUUAAGUUAACCAGCUCGUCUGCAACAAGUAAACAGAGAGUAAAGUCUGCACCUACUGCUACUAUCACUUCAGACUGCAAGGCUCCUGCCGCUGCCUCGACCCCCAAACAGCAGACCAGGGUCAAACACAAGGAGCACUCUCAGAAGCAGAAGGGGAAAAAGGUCUCGUCCCCGCACAGCGCCUGCACAUCCUGCAAGAACAAGGAGGACUUUGAGCCUAAAGUGGAGUGGGAUACUGGCAGCUGCACCCAUCGACUGACCAAACCCGGCUACCAGUCACGCAGCAUGCUUGCGUACCCGCUAAAACAAGUGAAGGAAGAACAGAUGGAGACCGAACUAAGCCCAUACUACUGCUGUCCCCCCGAGGGCUCAGUGGAAUACUGCCACCGCUUGGCCUUCUUCCUGGGCCAGCAGCCCUACGGAGAGUCUGACGAUCAGCCUCUAAACUCAGCCAUGACCCCUGUGAAGCGCGAGUGCCUCGUAACCUCCCCUUCCCUCACGCAUUCCCAUCCGCACACUGCCCUGACCCUCAGCCCCCACCCCUGCCUUUGCACCGCUGACCACUGCUUUUCCAGCUACUACGUCCACAUCGCCCACCCGACACACACUGGAACAACAUCAUCGAGCCUGGCCCCACGACCACUGAACUUUGCCCCCACCAGUCUAUGCCCUAACCGGAUGACGGGCUCCAAGCUGCUGGAUCCACGGGUGUCCCACGGCUCAGGGCUGCCCCAUCCCGCCUACUGCAACUCUGUGGCCUCACCCUGCUAUGGUGACGCCUGCGGAAUCAGUGGAUACACCUACAGAGCUAUGCCUCCUGUUACCAGCAGGGGGUGCUCUUUCAGCACAGGAUGCACUGGAUGCACACACGCCAUCAAAACAGAGGGUUACUCCUCCCCUCAGGAUGACCACAGCCCCUCCCUCCUGGUGUCCCCCUCCAUGCCGAUGUCCAGCUGCCCUCUGUCCACUGGGCCCACUUCCACCCAGACCAACCUGCUGACCCCUCUGUCGGGACGAGACCAGCCCCCUGCCAGGUUAAAGCUGGCCAGGGAAUGUCCUCAGAGCCCCAAACCCUCCAACGGAUCCUUGUCUGUCGUCCACACACGACCGAAACAGCCGUCGCCCCCGCCAAGCCUCAGCAGCACCAAACAAAAGAGAAUCAGCCGCAGACGGGCUACCAACGGCUGGCGGCCUGUCGGCAUGCCUUCAGAGAAAGAGGUCUUCAUUGCGGGAGAGGAUGAGACAGCCCUGCGGCAGUGUUAUGAAGGAGUGGAGAGGGACGGUGAAGUGAUACAUGUCAGAGACACUGUGCUGCUGCGAUCAGGCCCCAGGAAGAAAUCCCUCCCAUAUGUUGCCAAGAUAUCAGCGCUGUGGGAGGACCCUAAAACAGGAGAGCUGAUGAUGAGUCUUUUCUGGUACUAUCGACCUGAGCACACCCAGGGGGGCCGAGAUCCCAGCGCACACUGUGAGAAUGAGAUUUUCGCGUCCCGGCAUCAGGAUGAAAAUAGUGUGGCCUGCAUAGAAGACAGAUGCUACGUUCUCCCACUUGCCCAGUACUGUAGAUUUUGUGCCUUUGUGAAGCGGCGUGCUGAAGGUGCCCCACCCAGCAGUGCAAGUAUGGUGCCCUGCGGCCCUGACUUUGCCCCCCCCUCCCACCGCUGUGUGCCCACCGACGUCGACCCCGAGCUGGUGUAUCUCUGCCGGCACGUCUACGACUUCCGCUAUGGACGCAUCCUGAAGAACCUGCAGUAGAGGGCAGUGGGGGAGGGGGGGAUUCACACCGAUGAAUUAAUCACAGAGUAACUCCCACCUUCUGCACAGAGGUGGUGUUGCUGAAGGACUGAACACCCAUGUCUUCAGAGGGAGGGGGGGGGGGGGGGGGUUGUAAAUUAUUCCUGAGGGAUUCAGAUGAAGCAAAAAGUGUUUGUGACACAUAAUGAAGCACAGAUCCCUUUAGUCGACUACAGAGGGCGCUACAAUGUGAGGCAGAGCAACAAUUUUUCCCGGUUUGUGGGAGCAAGGAAGAGAGAAUUCAUUCAUCAGUUUGAAGAUUUCAGCUUCCACAACAACCGCCCCCCCCACCACCACUUUUCUCCCCUUUGCCUGCCAGGAAUGCUGAACACCAGACUGAACUGGCCAACGUUCAGGCCUACAUUUCUCCUGAAGCAUCUCAGCACAACAAUCAUGUUUGUUUCUUUUGUAAGCUAAGGCUCAGGAAGAGUCCGGCACUAAGGUGCUUCAGGGUGAACACAGGCCUGCACUGUCAGCUCCAUGUUAACGCUGCUCAACCAGCCAGGGUGAAGGAGCAGCUAAUCAAGAGCGGCGUCUGAUUUCUCCUGGUCUGUCUCACUCUGUGUGUGUGUGUGUGUGUGUGUGUGUGUGUGUGUGUGUGUGUGUGUGUGUGUGUGUGUGUGUGUGUGUGUGUGUGUGUGUGUGUGUGUGUGUGUGUGUGUGUGUGUGUGUGUGUGUGUGUGUGUGUGUGUGUGUGUGUGUG